AUGUGGCGACCUACCGUACUUCUUCUUCUGACCAUCGUUGCCUGCAUUACUGCAUUCCCCUCGUCCGGAGGACUCGAUGUAGAUAAACUCGGUGCUGGUGGCAAGAAAUUCUUUAUGGAUAUGACGAAGCAAGUAAUGGGUGUCCCAUCGUUGAAGCCGGAGAACCUCGCCGCUCAGUCCUUCUUCCGUGGAUUCUUGGAUAAAUACACAAAACUCGACGAUAAGGUGAAAAAGGACAUGGAACAGCACGUGCCGACCGCAACGAAAAUUUUCAACCAAGCUGCCAAGAAGUACAACGUCGAUCCGCUCCAAGCGUUCCAAAUGCUGUCCACAUUCUUCGAGAAUUUCAAGAAAGGCGCUAGCGAGCUGGAUCGAUGCCACUUGAAAAGCUGGAUAUUAUUUAACAGAUGUUCUGGAAGAGGAGAACGACCUGAUUUUCCGCCGCAAGAAGCACUGCGCCAGUUUCUGCUGCCAACAAAAAGAAAGUUGGAAUUGCUCCAUCAUGCCACGAAUGGAUGUCUUUCCGAAAGGGUAAUAAAGAGUGCUACGUUGCCCUUCUGCCCAUUAAUUAUUAUGGAAGUAAUGGCUGAGCAGUUGCACAUUGUGCGUAGAAGACCACGCCUAUCGUUCUGUUCUGAGAUUAGCGAUGUCUCAUUCAAAUCAGAGGAGCCAUCCGAGAAAUGCCGCGAAUUCCCGCGUAAUCGAGAGACUCGAGUCUUUUCUGCGCUAUUCAUCUUAGGUUCUCCAACCAACGUUCCGAAUUUCCGCUUCAAGAUUUUAGCGUCGAUUUCAAGUUCGUUCGGUUCGAGAGGUCCCUCUUCUGUUAUUGUGCAGUUUUGA